AUGAACGAAAAUGAAACGAAAAAAAGAAUUCGUAAUUGUGUUUUUAACGAUGAAUGGUUAAAAGAUCAAAUAUUUUCUGAUUGGAUCGCUAAACACAAUAACCCUAAUAAAGCACGAUGUAUAUUAUGUCAGACAGUUUUUAGUGUUAAGUAUGAUGGCGUUAAAGCUGUAAAAACACAUCAAGAAUCAAAAAAACAUGAAGAAUCCGUCAAUUCUAUAAAUAAAUCGUCCACUAUAAAAAAGUUUUAUAGAGAAUACCUCGAAAAAUGGUUUGAUUAUGAAAACUCUCCAUUCAAAAUGUUUUCGUGUUUGAAAUUAAGUGAAUUACCUAAAUUAACAGAUUUACUCGAUCUGGCCAAAUUAAUUAAGGUUCAUGUCAAUGGAGAUGAACUGUAUGAAGAGCUUAAUUUGAUAAAGUUAUUACCAAAUGAUAUCCUAAAUAACACAGAAUUCACUAGUUCGGAAAAAUGGGUAAAAUUUUUCCAAUCAUCUACUGCACAAUUAAAAAAUAUUAAACAAAUUGUACAGUAUGUAUUCUCGGUGCCGUGUAGCAAUGCAUUUGUUGAACGCGUUUUUAGCCACAUGAAUAGUUUGUGGACAGAUGAGCGCAAUCGAUUAGGAAUUGAUACAGUUAAAGCCGAACUAGUCAUAAGAAAUAACAUAACAUACAAUUGUUCAGAGUUUUUUGAUCAAAUACAAAAUGAAAAACAUUUAUUAAACGCCGUGAAAAAUGCCGCUAAAUAUAAAUUUAAAAGUUUACAAUAG